UGGAGAACAAGUUAAACUUCACACUGGCCCACAGGUGAGACGCCAACCGCGAGCCACGCACAGUUACCGGGGCAGAUUCAUCAGCAGCGGCGUCACCCUCCCCCGAACCGCUUCUUUCUUUAGCAACACCCGCAGUGGAGUCGCGAUCGUCCACCACAGCGAGGCUUUGCUCUUUGCAUGGCAACUCUCGUCCGUUUGCCUUUUGACUUUUCUCCUGUUUGUUGUCAUCUCUCAUUUUCCCUUACUUUUUGUUUAUCUUCCUUCCUCCAUCCAUUUGGUACAUGAGAAUAUCUCAACAUCUAUCGCGCUGCAAUCAUAUCGCAGCGGAUCGACAUCUUAAUUGCUUAUCGACGACUUGGAUUCUCGAUCUCAUUCCACCCCACACCCACACCCGCCGCGAUUGGGAUAAGCUUCAUCCCAGCGCAUCGCCAACAUGCGGUCCAGAGCAUCAGUCAAGCCAUCCCAAUACCCCCCGAUUCCAUUCCAUACCAUUCGCUUGUUCGGCCUGAUUUCCACCUUCAUUGUGGGCAUUAUCUUGGCCGUAUUCAUCAACCAACUGCAUAGCAACAACUACAAGCUCCCGUGGGCUUUCUUAAUCCUCCUCAUAGCCACCGUCUUCUCCCUCCUAAACUAUAUCCUCACCACCCUAACCCACUGCUGCUAUGGCCUCUCUCCGCGCCUCAACCUCGUCACCAACAGCAUCGUCCUUGUCCUCUGGCUCAUCGCCCUCGGCCUCCUAAGCUGGAGCAUGUCCCACACCAUCCUAACGACCUGCAACGCAACCUACUGGGGCACUUCGACCGGCAUCAGCGUCUGCAGGAUCUACAAGGCCCUCUUCACCUUCACCAUCGUCGCUGCGACAUCCCACAUCGCCGCCGCCGCUCUGGACGUCAUCGUCUACCGCCGCCAAACCCGCCUGGGCCAGUACGACCCCAUGGCCAGCAGCACCGCUCUCAACGACUACAAGAUGCACAACCGCGACAGCAGCAUCAUGUCCGGCGGCGUUGGUCCCUACCCGCCCGAUGAGGCCGACCACCCCUAUUACGCCAAUCACCCCCAACAAGAACCCCUGUACCAGCACGCCCCGGAGCCGUUGUACCAUCCCAGCCAGCGUAUGCCGCCCCCUCCUGCGUAUGGGGCUGGCUCGUUGGAGCAGCACCAUGCCGAUGAGGCGGAGGAGUACUCCGAUGCGGCUCCGGUGCAGGGACGUCGGAAGCCAAGGGUGAGGUUUAGUGCUUACGGGGGUACUGCGGGUUAUAGUCAGCCAACGGAGCAGACGAGUUAUGAUCCGGCUGCGUAUCGGUGAAUGGUUGUGUAGGGGUUGGGUGUACGCGUUCCACGAAUGCAGAACGGUCACGCGACCCUGUUGGGACGAUCAUCUGCGUGUUGUCUCUGCGUGAGAGCCAAGUCAGCUUAUCUUGGCUUUUUCAUGCCCUUCAAACUGAACUGAUGUGUUACGAUCUUGCAUUGUAAAAUGGGUAUAGUUCCUUGACUUUUGAAUAGGCUCAUAUACUGGCGGGCGUAAUGCAGGAAUUUUUUACUCUUCUUUUAUUUGUCUUCAGCGAUAAUGCCAUUUGAUCUGGUUGUUAUAUGACUUGGAUAGCUUAGCAUUAGAUACCUGAAUGCCUUAUAGCAAGUACUUGGCCGAUAAU